AUGAUAUCCGAUCACUUCUUUGACCCAAAGGCAAGAGGCCCGGGUUGGCGCCGGCUUGUUUUCGCGUUGGACCAGACUGUCAACGAAUUUCUGGACUCUGCCUUAGUAUUUGCCGCUGCAAUGCUCGGAGCCACAAUAGCACGAUACUAUAUAUUUCUCACGCCCACGGACGCUCGCUUAAACGAAGUUUGGACAUAUACCUUGAUGGGAUCAGCACUCAUGUCGACCUUUUCUGUGUUCCCAUGUAUCGUUCUACAAACGAUUACGUCCGUCCGAAACUCGCACUAUCAAAGACUAUUUCUCUGGUUCAUGGUUGCGGCAUUCAUCAUAACCGUUCAAUGCGUAUUUCAAAUAACCUUUUACGAAUUCUUCGAAUACCCCUAUCUAGGAGACUAUAAUUACCAUGAUGGAACAUGGUCUGCGAAUGACCCAUGGUUUCAAGAGCAGGAAGAAUCUGGAUAUACGCUAGGUGGUGAAUGGGAGCAAUAUUAUCGGCUCUUGCGGAACGUUACCCAUGUAUUCGGCUCUGAUCGAACAAUGAUAGUCGAGAAAUACUGUGGUAACCCAAACAUCACGAAAGUUCUCCGAGAGGUUGUCACUGUAGGUUUCAGCCUGCAAGCUCCCGUCAUGUUGUUUUGUUUGAUUGCCGCUCUGGUUGCAUUGAUCCUCGCCCUCCCGAUGAACCUGCCGAGGUUGAAGGAUUUGCAGACGAGGUGUGCCGACAGGUUGGACAAGCGGAGCCAUGCAAUGAACUUUGCUCGCUUCUGCCUUGGACUGAUAUACCUGGUCAUGACUUGGCUCUUCCUUGUCGAAUUUGUUCGCGCUCGAAGACAGGUGAAAGAUAUUGCUGGUGGAACAGACGAAGACUCGAAUUGGAGUUUUGGUCAAAUUCUAGCUCUCGCACAAUGGGUUCCUAUUGCUCUACAUGUUAUUUCAAAAUUCAAACACUAUCCAGAGAGUUAUGAGGCCAUAUACCAUUUUGACGAAGAUGCGAGGUCGAGUCUGCCGAUAAGGCGAGCUUUUGGUCCUUGA